GGCGUACGGCCCUAGGGGCAGCCCCUGUAGGGGGGUGCCCAGAGCCUUAUGUUGGUGCUUGUAUUUACACGUUGUCAUUAGGGAGAAAAAUUACAUGUGUAUAUGUGUAUGUAUAUGUAUAUACAUAUAUAUAGAAAAUCAGCCUCUUGUAAAGACAGCCGUUUGGGUUAAACUCUGCAAAAUCGGGCUCUUUAUUUGGACCGUACUGCAGGCGUGUGCCAGCAAAGGAGACUGCCGGCAUUGCAGCUGAAAGAAUUUAUGUGCAAGGGAGAGAUCCUGUUAGUCUUAGAAUGGGAAAUAGGCUGCCUGCUUCUGUAAGGUUAUCUAAUGAUGCUGCUGUGAAUCAAAUACAGGAGAUUGUUUCAGACAAUUGUGUGGUGAUUUUCUCUAAAACAACGUGCUUCUACUGCAAAAUGACAAAAAAACUUUUUGAGGGCAUGAAUGUAAAUUACACAGCGAUAGAACUCGAUGUGAAUAAAAAUGGAAGUCAGUUCCAAGACAUUCUUGAACAGAUGACUGGUGGCAGAACAGUCCCGAGGGUGUUUGUCAACGGGACUUUUGUUGGAGGUGCUACAGAUACUAAAAGGCUUCAUGAGGAAGGCAAGCUGCUUCCACUAGUUCAUCAAUGUCACGUGAGAAGAAGAUCCUGAGCAGCCAUCUAGCCUAGCUUAGUCUUGUUUGUUUUUAGCCUUUUGCACAGCUGGAAUUUCAGGCAAGUUAAAAGAUCGCAAAGGUAUACUGCAAAGGUAUAUACUAUCAGCUGGACUUAAGGGGACUUCAAGACAUGGCUUUUUGAACCGCAGAUCAUUUUCUGACACAGACUUCAUGGGCUUUAUUUGGUCUCCUUGCCUCAGCUUUACCACAACCAAAAUUGCUAUAAAAACCAUCAUCUACCUCUUGGGGCUCUAAGCGAUGAUGUUGCAUAGCUGAUGUCUUUUAUUGCUAUUACAUCCCGAUACUAUGGUUUGGAGAAGUAUAGAUUUGUGUUGGAAAAAUACCAUACCAGUGCACGUGAAAUGGGUGAUAAUGAGACCUGCAUUGCUCUUUCCUACAAGAAAGAAGAUUCUCUACAAGAUUUUCUGCACAAUGCUAAAAGAUUUUGAAGAAUCCUGUGUUUUAUGCUGCAAAUUAAUCUGCUUUCUAAUUUUGUUCCAACACAGUUGGAACAACACAGUUAGUUACAAUAAACGGUCAAAGUUCAGUUUAAUAGUUCCUUGAAUUUAUUUCUUCUGAAUGUCAGAAGGUCAUCAUGAAGAAAGUACACAGCAAAACAAGUUUGUAGUAAUGUUACUAUAUGUAAAGCCUGGUGUUAUUUUUAUUCUACUUCUACAAUUCUUGUACUAGUUUAGAAUCUUUUCCUUCUAUUAAAAGCAGUGUCUACAGUUAAACUUCUGAUGUUUUCAGUGGCAUAUUUAUAUUUUAAAUAGUAAUGAAAAUGCUUAUUUUUACUCAAAUGGCAAUUCUACAAACUUGCCACCAGCCAUUGUGCUGUAUUUAAAUUAUGGAAAUAAGCUAUUGCAAAUACGGAAUUAGUCAGUGAGUGGCUUCUGAAGUGCUUCAGUCAUUCAUUUUACUAGAAGAGAAUGGUAUUAUGGGAAAUACUGUUUAAACACUGACCAUACAAGAGAAAAGUGAAGCUAAGUGGUGCAUCUGAUAACUGCAUUAUUAAACUGUUAUAUGUAGUUAAUCUUUCAUCUAUGAGACUUUGUGUUAUGUAAUUUUUGUACUGUGGUAUUUGUCGCUUAAACAUUGUUAAAUUAUCAUGUAAUGGAGGGCUUUUUGGAACUUAAGUUUUUCAAAACUUACUUCGUAGGGUAAGUAUUGCAGCCGAAUCAAUUUCUGCUUUAAACAGAGACUCUAGGCUGGGUUUAGUGAUCUUAGGACCAGAGAGUUAUAUAGAUCUACUACUAGUAGUAGUAUCCAGUCCCUUCUGACAUGGUUUGCAAUGGGUUAAUCGUUGUUUUAAAACUAGCUUGGUUUUUAUCCUACCAUCAGAAGUAUCUUAGGAUCUUCUGUGGGGGAUUUCCUAGUCCUAACCAACUUCAUGGGUAAGUUUUCUAUAUCUGUUAAGCAUCUCUGGAAGAUCUAGGCAGUAGCAGGUCCUUUCAAGAUGACCACCCCUGACAGUUCUGGAGACAAAUGGUAUGGGACGUCUGUCUUUAUUCCUUUACCUCUCUCAUAUUUCAGUUUGAAAAAUAAGUCCAAACACUAAGGGGAAAAAGUGAAUAAAGAUUCUUAUAGCUUCACGGGGGUAGAUAAUUGCUGUUUCAUCUCUACACCAUAAAGUAUCAGUCUAUACAGUGUAAUUCAGGAAUAUCCUUUCGGAGGAGCCAGAUGGCUUGCUGUCACUAAACUGCACAGCUAUGUACUAGGUUAAGAUUAAGCCAACAUUAUUAUGAAACUUAAAACCAAGCAAAAUGGGUCUAAUAUGCAUAGAGUUUAUUAAGUAGUUAAAUUCUACAGUCAGAAUGCAGUUUACUAGCAAUUUUCACUUGCAGUUAAACAUCUAAAAAAAAAAAAAAAACGCAAUAGUUUCAGUUUAAUGUACAUCCAGAGCCAGACCAGGCAAUGCCAAGACUCCUGGUGUCUUAAGAACGUUCAUAUGCAAAUAGGAAAAUAUAUUCCCUUCUCCUGUAAAAGGGACCAUUACCUUGUUAAAGGUGCACAGCUUAAGAAUAAAAACUUUAUAGUCAAUUAAGUUUUAUUCACUACUUGUGAAUAGGGUGCCUGUCCUCGCCGUUGUUUUGGGCAGUGCAUGCACCACCCAAACUACUUUCUUCCCUCAAGGAAACAAAGCAUCAAAUUUAUGUUCAGCUCAGAUAACUGAAAUCUUAAGAAAAUCAUCCAAAUUUGAAAAAUGCAUUCAUUUGGGAUGCAAAUCUGAAAUAAAUUAAUUAGCUUGCAGAAAGUCUUCACUAUAUGUUUCUCUGCACAGUGCAUCUUUAACAUGUGUAAUGAGCUAACUAAACACACCGACCCUGUUGUAUCUUUAUUAUUGCGGUUUACUACGUUUUGCUAGUUUCAUCACUGCCUUAUUAAAAUUGUUUACAAGGACACACUCAUCAAGUUAAACACACACAAAUGUAUCUCUCCCCCUAAAUCCAUAAUUAAUAAAUUUAUUUUGCACAUGUGCUGGUAACCAAAUAUUCUUUUUCUCUGUGUAGAAUUCUUAGGCCAGUUAUGUUUUCUCAGAAGAUUAACAAUGAGUUUGCACUUGAAAGCUGGUAAAUCCCUUAUGUUAAAAAAUAAUAGCAUGUAAAGAAAUUUUUCAAAGACUUCACUUCUCAUUUUGUUCCUUGUUUAAAAAAAACGAAAAAGCCCCAAACAGUAGUCUAAAAUAACCCUUUGAGUUCUAUAGUUCAGAAAUUCCAGGGCAUUGUCAUGUAAGGCAAAAUUCCAUUAACAAUUGAGGAAAAAUGCUGUAUGCCUGCAGAUACUAAUGAGUGCCCAUUUAUUACAGAAAGAUAUGUCUUAAGGCACUCAAAGGGUUAAUUAUUAUUUUUCCCAUAUUAAGGCUCCCCAUCCAAAUGUUUUCUCGUGAACUUUGUAUCAUUUCAUAGAAAGCAGCAGCAAGACAGUGCCUUCAUUUUUGGAUGGCAAAAAGCCAUGUUAUGUUUAAGUUAUUUAAACAUGAUAUGGCAGUUAAAGUGUGAUUCUACUCUGAAAAAUGGAUUCAAAAAUUGUCAUUAAAGAUUUCCGUAUUUUUUGUUUAGCAAUGUCUCUAAGAGAAAGCUGUUUAUCUUAAAAAAUAACGUUUGCCUUCACAGAUUCAACUUGGGAUCCGAAUGCUAAAAGUUACCCACUAAAAUACUCUGUAAUAGGAAUUAAAUUUAUAAUGCUGAUGCUAUUUAGGACGUAUGUGCUCAUCCAGCUCAACUACCCUGCUAAGAAGUGUGAGAAGCUGGAAACAAACAUCUCAUGUUAGUUAACUUAGCAGACAGAGCUGUAAAUGCACUGAUCUUUUGCUUCUUUAUAGAGAGUUAUUUUUAAGAGUAGAACUGCACUUUGAUAUCAGAAUGUAAUAAAAUAUAUAUUUUAUUUGUCAC